GCUUUGAUUAAUAAUAAUGAAAAAGAAUCCAUUACUAUAUGCUCUUAGUUUAUUUAGAGAGAAUUCUAACCUAUAGAAAAAAACUAAGGUAGAAUUAAUAUGAAAGCUUUCCCGAAUUUGAAAAAGAUGUAAAAUUUUUCUAUUAGUUUUUGAUAGAACAUGGGCCAAAUACAGUAAAUAGACAUACUUAUUUUCUUGAUUUUCUUUAAAAAAUGAUAAAUGAAGGGGCUUCUUAUUUCAUUUAAAAUCUUUAAACCUAAAUUCAUAAUGAAAAAAAUUUUUGUAGUGAAAAUUCAAAGAAAAAUGAAAUUGAAAUUUAAUAAUUAAAAAGUUAAAUAACCGAAGAAAGAGAAGGAUUUUAGAAAGAAAUGGAAAAAAUAAAUAAAGAAAAGGAACAAAUAUUAAUCUAAAAACAAUUCAACGAGAAAUCUUUGAAAUAAAUCGAAGAAUAGAAAGAUUAAAUAGAAAAAGAAUACAAAGAAUAAAUGGAAUUAAGUAAACAAGAACUUCUUUAAUAAAUAAACAAAUUGAAAAAUACACUUAAAUAAACUGAAGAAACUCAAAAAAAGACGGAAAGAGAACUUCUUUUAAAAGAAAGUUAGUUUUUGAAGGAAAAGGCUCUUUUGGAACAUAAAGCUUAACAUUUCGAAUAAAUGUGUUAGGAUCAAGUUCAUAAAGAAAAUCAAACUGAAAAUAAUAUGUAGUCGAAAAUUAAUGAAUAUGAAUAAAAAAUGAAAGAAAAUAAUCAAAAAUAGGAAAAAACAAUGAAAGAAUUUACAAACAAAAUUAAUCUUUUAAAAGAAUAAAAUAACGAAUUAAGUGAAAAAAAUAACUACUUAUAAUAAUAAUAUUCUGAUAUAUAAGAAAAUCUAAAUUCAAAGGAGAGUUAUUUAAAAAAAACAAACGAAGAUUUACAAAACGAAGUUCAUUUAUUGAAAAAAUAAAUUUCUGAACUUUCUAAUUCUGGACUUAGAAACAUAGGCGAUUUAAAAUAAUAAUAUGAAGAUGAAGUUUAAAAUUUAAAAGAAUAAAAUAUAUAAUUAAAUGAAGAAUUAAACAAAAUCUAGGUCAAAUUAAAAUAAGAUUUAUCCGCUUUUAAAUAAAAAGAAGCCUUAUUGGAACAAUAGAAAGAAUUUUUAAAAGCAGAAAUUGAAGAAAUAAAGAACCAAAUGACAGAAAUGAAAAAAUCCCAUGAAGCAACUUUAAAUGCACUCGAAAUGGGAUAAAUGGAUAAUUCUUGUAAUGUAUAAAAUUCAUAAUAUUUGAAUUUAAAAGAACAGCAUUCUAAAUAAAUAAAAGCUUUAGAAAAUGAAUUUAAUUAUUAAAAAAAGAAUCUUUAGAGUUAAAUUGAAAAUUUAAAUAAAGAAUUCGGAGAUUUAGAAAUUAAAUAUAAAUAAAUGAAUCAUGAUUUCGAGUAAUAAAUUUUUAGUUUAAAUGAAGAAAUAAGUCAAUUAGGAAGUAUUCUAGAUGAAAAAGAAAAAAGAAAUUCUGAAUUGGAAGAUAUACUUAAGUUUAAUGAAAAAGAAAGUGAAAAAAAAUUAUUAGAUAAAAUUAGAGUUUUGGAAGAUAAUAUAGAAACUAUUAAAGAUAAAAGCUAAAUUGAAUUAAAGGAAAACUAAGCCAAAUCUGAAGAAAUUCUUUAACAUUUAAAAAAUAUGUUCGAAGUAGAAAGAGAAACAUUAGAAAAAAGAAUUCUUGAGGAAAAAGAAAAAAGAGAAAAAAAUUAUAAUACUCUUAUUGAAGAAUAUGAAUAAAAACUUAGAGAUGAAUAAUAAUAAUAUGAAGAAGAAAUAGAAAAUUAAAGAGUAAUUAAUUUUAUUUUUAACAAAAUAUAUAUUUAUUUUAAUAUUAAAAAAUAAAAAAUAUAGGAAGAUAUAAGAGAAUUAGAAAAAGAAUUAAUAAAUUUAUAAGGAUAAUAUGAUCAUGAAAUGGAACUUAACUAAAAAACAAUAGAAAAUCUAGAAAUUUAACUCUAAGAGACAAAAUAACAAUUAAAAACAACCUAAAUAUAAUACUAAUAAUAAUUAGAAUAAUAAUUAAAUACUUUUAAUACUGAAAGAAAAGACUUAGAGAUUAAAUAUGAAAAUAUAUAAAAGUAAUUCUAAUAAAUAUAAAAUCAAUUAUUGAGUAUAACUUAGAAAUACGAAAAUAUGGAAAAUAAUUAUGAAAAUAAAAAGAAGGAAUUUAAUGUUUUAAAAUAAGAAUAUUCAUAAGAAAAAAGCCUUUUAGAGGAGAAAAAUGAAGAAUUAAGAAAAAAAUAUUAGGAAGUUUCCGACGAGUUUUUAUAAAAUAAAAUAAACUUUGAAAAAAAUAUUGCUUUAUCAGGUUAAAAGAACGACUUUUUCUAAAAAAAAGUAUAAGAAUUAGAAUAAUAAUUGGAAUAAAGUUAAUUAAAAUUUGAUGAAAAAAUAAACGCUUUCAAAGUGGCUUUGUAACAAGAAACAGCCGAAAAAAUACAUUAAUUAUAGGAAGAAAAGAGCAUAAUAGAAAAUAAAAUAAUUACAUUGAAAAAAAAUUCAAAGGAAAAUGAAUAAUAAGCCCAAAAACAAAUUACUGAAUUAGAAAAAGAAAAUGCCAUAUCAAUUGAAAAAAUUUAAACUUUAGAAAUAAAAAUAAAAUCGGCCGAAGAAAAAUUCAUCUUCGAAAAUGAACACUUGAAGGAUUAAUUAAAUAAAAUAAAAGAACUUCUAUAAAACGAGAAAAAAACACUUCUAAUAGAAAUAGAAAAACUUAAAGCCAUCAAUUAAGCCUUAGACAACGAAAAACAUGAACUUCAUACAAAUUUCGAAAGAGAAAAAGUACUUUGGGAUGGCAAAUUUAAUUAUUUAUAAUAAUAAAAAGAAUAGUCUAAACUAGACUUAAUUGAAGCUUAAAAGAAAUUUGAAUAAACUUUAUGUCAUUUAUAAAAAUAAAGACAACAUGAAAAAGCUGAAAGAGAAUAAAGUGCUUCUGAUAUGAUUGCAUAAAUCGAAAGUAAAUAUUAAAAUAGUAUUUAAGAAUUAAAUGAAAACUUCAAUUAAAAAAUAUAAACUGCUAAUCUUAAAAUUACAAAAUUAGAAAGUGAACUAAAAAACAGUGUCGAUUAGGGUUUGAUUGAGUAAAGAUAGAAAAAUUCGGCUGCAGUAUAUGCGGAAAAAAGGUUAAAUGAAUUAAUUGAAAAUGAAAAAAAAUAUAUACUUACUAUUGAAGUUUUGAGGGCUGAAAGGGAAAGUGAAAAAUAAGAUUUCUAAAAAAAAAUUGAUUCUGAAAAAGAAAAUUUCAAAAAUAAAAAUAAUUUGUUGGAUGAAAAGUAUCGAGAGGCUGAAAAAAAAAGAAAUUAAUUAAUUUUUGAAUAAGAAAAAGAAAGGGCUAAAUGGAAUCAAGAAAAAGAUUAUCUAAUAAAUUAAAAAAAUGAAAUUUAAGAAGCCCUUAAUAUUAUUGAAAAAAAGAAAGAAAUUCUUUUAAGAGAAAAUGAAAGGCUUAAAAACGAAACUAGAUAAUAAAAAAGAAAUAAUACAAACUAAAAUGCAACCAGCUUUAUUAAUAUUAAUAGAAAUGUUUAUACUGAAACUAAAAGUCCUAUGAGAAGUGUCGGAAAAAGCAAAGAAAGGUCAAAUACAAAUGAUUUUAGUUAUGGAAACAAUAGUAUUGAUACUGGUGAAGAUAAUAACAACAAUGAAUAAUAUGGAUAGCCCAUUUUAAAUAGUGGAAUUCUUGAAAAUAUAAUUCUUAAUACUUCUAAUAAUAUGAAUGCAACAUAUAGUUAAAAUAAUAAUUAAAAAGGAUUCAAAUCUUUCACGGAAGUCUUAUAAGAAAAAGGUUGUAGUACAACAAAUAUUAAUAACGAGAAUUAAUCUCCUAUAGGAUAAGUUAAAGACCAGACUAAAAAUUGAUUUAAAAUUAAUUGAUUAUAAAAAU